AACAUGAUUAAAAAUGCUUCUAAUUACUUCUUUGAAAUGACAAAACAUUGAUUUCUCUUCAAGUCUGUAAAAAUCAUAAUUCCUAAAAUAUGGAAGAAAAAUAGCAACUAUUCAAGAUUAAAAACAGAAUCAUAUGAUAAGGCAGAUGUCAUCAUAGCAGACCCUUAUAUGAAACAUGUAGAUGAUCCUUAUACCUUACAGUAUGGAGGAUGUAAGGAGAAAGGACAGUACAUCCAUUUCACACCUAACUUCCUGUUAAAUGACAAUUUGUUUAAUGUUGAUGGAGAAAAAGGUAGAGUCUUUGUCAACAAAUGGGCUCACUUUCGGUGGGGGGUUUUCGACAAGUAUAGUACUGAUAUGCCCUUUUAUGUAUCUAGAAAUUCUGAAGCAGCAAGUGUUGAAGCAACAAGCUGUCCAGCUGGUGUGACUGGUAUACCUGUUUUCCCAGACUGCAGCAGAGACACGUGUGAGCCAAGAAGCUGUAGAUAUGAUGGUCAGCUGUCUGAAAACGGAUGUAUAUUUAUUCCAGAUAUACCACAAAAUAUCUCAUGUUCUGUUAUGUAUUUGCAAUACAUACCUUCUGCGGUUGAAUUUUGUGAUAAAACCACUCACAAUAGUGAGGCUCCAAAUAUGCAGAAUAAGUUAUGCAACCACAAAAGCACAUGGGAGGUAAUUAUGGAAUCUGAUGACUUUCGCAACUCGGCUGUUGUAAAUGCUUCUGCACCUCCCUCUGAGACUACCUUCAGGCUACUGCAGACCCAAGACAGAGCAGUAGCUUUAGUACUGGAUGUUUCUGGGAGCAUGACAAUGUCUUGUCUUUCAGGAGGUUUAAAGCUUUAUGCUGUAGAUAAAGAUGUCCCCUGUAAAUUAAUUGAGACAUUCAGUGCAAUUACAUCAGGAAGUGGAGAUAUUUCUGAACAAUCUAUUCAGCUUGAAAGCGAAGAGCUUGUUGUUCAGCAUUCUGGAUGGAUGAAUACUACUGUGCCUAUUGACAAAACUGCGGGAAAGAACACUUUCUUCAGCAUUGUAUGGAGUCUCUCUCAGACAUUUUUUUUCCUGAGGGACACCAAAGGAAAAGAAUAUGGUAGCUCAGACUUUACAAUUGAUCAUUCAAACCCAAACACAGCUAGACUCAGUAUAAGUGGCACUGCAGAGGCGGGUGAUUGGCAGUUUUGUAUUAAAAAUGUUCAUAGAGCAACUCAAGCUAUAUCAGUAACACCUGCCUCUCAACCAGCAUGUCCUGAUGUUCCUCCUGUGAGCAUUGCAGCUCAUAUGAACAGGGCAAAUACGGCAUUUAGUCCAGUUGUUUAUGCAGAGGUUAGCCAAGGGUUUUUGCCUGUUCUUGGUGCAACUGUGAUAGCCACCAUAGAGAAGGAUGGUGCUGCAGCAGUAACCCUUGAACUUCUUGAUAAUGGCGCAGGUGCUGACAUGAUGAAGAAUGAUGGAAUCUACUCAAGGUACUUUACUUCUUUACAAGGCACUGGAAGAUACAGUCUAAAAGUGAACGCCUGUGGGAGAAAUACAACCACCAGACUCAGCCUCAAGCAAAAUCAAGCCUUGUAUAUACCAGGCUACAGAGAAAAUUGUAAAAUUUAUAUGAAUGCACCAAGACCUAAAUUGACUGAUGAAGAAAUGCAAGUCAAGCUGGGAAGUUUCAGCAGAAUUUCAACAAGUUCUCUUGUAGUCAAUACAGGAGGAGAUUCUGCUCCUAUUUAUCUACCCUGUAAAGUUACAGACCUUCAUGCUCAUAUAGAAAACAAAACAAUAGUCUUGUCUUGGACAGCUGCAGGAGGUGACUUCGACAAUGGAAAAGCUGAUCACUACAUCAUAAAAAGCAGUGAAAAUCUUCAGGAACUAAGAAAUAACUUUGAUAGUGCUACUUCUGUGAGUUCCUCUAAUCUCAUACCUAAGGAGGCUUGUAGAGAAGAAUCAUUUAAAAUUAAACCAGAAAAUUUCACAAUAGAAAAUGACACCACAAUCUACUUUGCUAUACGUGCUAUUGAUGAUACCAACUUGAUUUCAGAGGUGUCUAAUAUAGCACAAGCCACAUGGUUCAUUCCUCCAAAAGCAUCCACGCCUUUAGAGUAUGACAGCAACGAUGAUGGUGCUAAAAGUACAGUAAUAGUGGCAAUAGCAGUUUUGUGUGUAGUAGUUGUCUGUACUAUCGUAAGUUCAACUCUGUGUGUUUUACAAAAACAAAAGGAAAGACUGGAUAUUGAAACAAUGCAAAAGCAUGUGUAA